AUGACAGACCCCCAGGAGUGUGCCAGCCAGGGGAAGCCCAGCCUGUCCUUUUCCAUUGAGGAGAUCUUAAAGAAACCUUCUACCGGCACCUCCUUAAGCAGUGAAACCAGAAACAGAAGUAACUACGCUCAGAGACCUCCAGCCCUAAAAGCAGGGUCACCACUGGCCUUUGAUUCCAGCAGCAGGAGUCAGUUAGACUGUGAAUUACCUUCAGCCAAAAUGCUUCUCCCUGCCACAUGUGCUACACCCAUGGUCAGGGUAAAGAAAGCACAGGCAGCUCACUGCAGGAGAUCCACUGACAGCCCAGCUUCCCUCCUGAGUAAGGACACAGGACAUGAACACCUGGAAGGUAAAAGAAAACAUGAGGAAGAAGACGAUCAGCUAUGCAAUUUCCCAGUGGAUCAUCUACUUCAUGUUGAGAGGAAAGGGAAACGGAGAAUUCGGACAACGUUCACAGCUGAGCAGCUCCAGGAACUGGAGAAGAUUUUCCAAGUGACUCACUACCCGGAUGUCCAUAUUCGCAAUCAACUGGCAGCAAAGAUAAACCUCCCAGAAGCCAGAGUUCAGAUCUGGUUCCAGAACCAGCGAGCAAAGUGGAGGAAACAUGAAAAAUUUGGGAACUUUGGUGGCCUUCGACAUCUGACAGAAGUUGAUUUCAUUGAGACUUCAUUUUAUUCUUGAAAGGCUCCUAGCUUGAUGCCAAGAAAGCUCACUGCUACCAUCCCUGCUGUAGGAUGCUACUCACCGCUGCAAGAGCAGCUGACAACUGCCUGGCUGCCCAGCACACUCUCCUUCAUCCCCCACCGCUUGGAGCUGCUGCCCUUCCCAAAACCAUACUUGCUUGUCAAUGUUCUACCCCCUUACAGCACACUGCUACCCCACAAUUUAGAAAGGAGCAGUAUCUGUGCCAGCUCCACAUAG